AUGAAGGUCGUGGAAGAAGAACAGCUUAUUACUGUGAUGGACGGGCCUUGGUCUCCGACCGACCUGAUCCGUGAGAUCGUGGAGUCUGGCACCCAGGAGGAUCCCUUCUACGUGAUGGACCUCGGCGAGGUGGUGGCCAGGUACCACCGCUGGAAGGAACUCAUGCCGCGCGUCGAGCCGUUCUAUGCGGUGAAAUGCAACGACGACAAGCUCCUAGUGAGCACACUGGCUGCUCUCGGCACUGGAUUCGACUGCGCGUCCAAAGCCGAGAUCGAACUCGUCACCUCCAUUGGAGUAGCGCCUGACCGCAUUAUAUUCGCGAACCCGGCUAAGAUGGCGUCGCACAUCCGUUUCGCGUCCGCCGUCGGCGUCGACGUGAUGACUUUCGACUCGGAGACCGAGCUCAUGAAGAUCAAACAAUAUAUGCCUCACGCACAGCUCGUGAUCCGCAUCCGCUGCGACGCUGCAUCGGCUCAAUGUCCGUUGGGCAUCAAGUUCGGCUGCGACCCCGUCACUGAGGCGCCUCGACUCCUCAAACUGGCCGCUGUCUUCGGUCUUGACGUGAUCGGCGUGUCAUUCCACGUGGGUAGCGGCGCUUCGGAGACGGAUGUGUACGCGCGAGCCAUCGCACUGUCGCGGGCUCUGUUCCUGGUCGGGCACAACGUCGGACACAAGGCCAUGCGCAUACUGGACAUCGGAGGAGGAUUCCCUGGAGGGACCCAAUCCUCUAUCCAGGAGGUGUCUGCAGUGAUAAACAGUGCUUUGGAGGAGCAUUUCCCCGAGCGGUCGGUGCGCGUGGUCGCGGAGCCGGGCCGGUACUUCGCCGCCGCCGCGUACACUCUCGCCGCCAUGGUGCACGCUAAACGAGAGGUGACGUCGAAGGAGUGCGCGGAUGAGACCCACACGAUGUACUUCAUCAACGACGGCGUGUACGGCUCCUUCAACUGCGUGCUCUACGACCACCAACACGUAGUGGCUGAACCACUCAAUGACAACGGCUCAGUGCCGGCUCCGUGUUCAGUUUGGGGCCCGACGUGUGACGGACUGGACUGCGUACUGCCCGCGACUCGCCUGCCCAGCCUGGCCAUCGGCGACUGGCUCAUAUUCCGCGACAUGGGCGCCUACACUCUGCCCGUCGCCUCUCCUUUCAACGGGUUCCCCGUACCCACCGUGCGGCCUGUCGUCGAUGCUAGACUUGCGUGCAUUCUGAAGGAGUUGCGGCCGCUGAGCGCGUCUCAGUUCGCGGCGGGUCGCGCGGUGGAGUCCCCGGCCCUGGGUACCAGUCGCCCGGCCAGCCGAGCCGCGUCACCGUGCCGCGCAGUCUUCGUGGAGUGCGCGCUCAAGUGA